GUGAGCCUCCUGACCUUCACCCUCCUGCUGACCCUCACCAUCCUCACCAUCUGGCUCUUCAAGCACCGCCGGGUCCGCUUCCUCCACGAGACCGGGCUGGCCAUGAUCUAUGGUCAUCAGUAUGCACUUUGCUGGUGAUAUCACAAUAGACCAAUGCAGAAGCUUGCACGCUUCAUAUAGGGGUUAGGGCUGAUUGUCGGAGUGAUCUUGAGGUAUGGCUCACCUUCGGUCAGUGGUCAAGAUAAGGCGUUCAGCUGCUCCCAGGGGAAUCGUGCCUUUACAACCCUGUUGGUCAACAUCAGUGGGAAAUAUUUUGAAUAUACGCUAAAAGGAGAAAUAAGCCCUGGAAAAAUACACAAUGUGGAACAGAAUGACAUGUUGCGGAAAGUAACCUUUGACCCAGAAGUGUUCUUCAACAUCCUCCUGCCUCCUAUUAUUUUUCAUGCUGGUUAUAGUUUGAAGAAGAGACACUUCUUCAGAAAUCUGGGGUCUAUUCUGGCUUAUGCCUUCUUUGGAACUGCAGUCUCUUGUUUCAUUAUCGGGAAUCUUAUGUAUGGUGUUGUGAAACUAAUGAAGCUGGUGGGGCAGCUCUCUGAUAAAUUCUACUACACAGAUUGUCUUUUCUUUGGAGCUAUUAUAUCUGCUACUGAUCCAGUCACCGUACUGGCAAUUUUUAACGAACUGCGCGCUGAUGUUGAUCUCUAUGCACUGCUGUUUGGAGAGAGUGUUCUUAAUGAUGCCGUUGCCAUUGUUCUUUCUUCCUCUAUUGUAGCCUAUCAGCCCACAGGGGGGAACGUCCAUGCUUUUGAUGCAGCAGCCUUUUUUAAAUCUGUCGGAGUCUUCCUUGGAAUCUUCAGUGGCUCUUUCAUGAUGGGAGCAGUGACGGGAGUUGUGACGGCCCUGAUAUCGAAGUUUACAAAGCUGCACUGCUUCCCCUUGCUGGAGACGGCACUCUUUUUCCUGAUGUCUUGGAGCACGUUCUUGCUGGCUGAAGCUUGUGGGUUUACAGGUGUGGUAGCUGUUCUGUUCUGUGGAAUCACACAAGCUCAUUACACAUACAACAAUUUAUCAGUUGAGUCAGGAAGCCGAACAAAGCAGCUCUUUGAAGUACUUCACUUCCUGGCUGAGAAUUUCAUAUUUUCUUAUAUGGGUUUAGCACUGUUUACUUUCCAGAAGCACGUUUUCAGCCCCAUUUUCAUCAUUGGAGCUUUUAUAGCAAUUUUCCUUGGGAGAGCUGCACACAUCUACCCACUCUCUUUCUUCUUGAAUUUGGGCAGAAGGCACAAGAUCAGUUGGAAUUUUCAGCACAUGAUGAUGUUUUCAGGUCUUAGAGGAGCCAUGGCAUUUGCUCUAGCGAUCCGAGACACUGCAACUUAUUCUCACCAGAUGAUGUUCACCACAACACUUUUGAUUGUCUUCUUUACUGUUUGGAUAAUUGGGGGCGGCACAACACCCAUGCUUUCCUGGUUAAAUAUACGAGUUGGCGACCACGUCCCAUCGGCGGAAGAGAUGCAUGAAAGCCGCUGGCUGUACUUCAGAGUUGGAGUUGACCCAGAUCAAGACCCACCGCCCAGCAACGACAGCUUUCAAGUCUUACAAGGGGAUGGUCCAGAUGUUGAAAGAAGGAACAGGACAAAGCAGGAAAGUGCUUGGAUCUUCAGGCUAUGGUAUAGCUUUGACCACAAUUACUUGAAGCCCAUCCUUACACACAGUGGCCCUCCACUAACAACAACUCUUCCAAGCUGGUGUGGAUUGAUAGCUCGCUGCUUGACGACUCCUCAGGUUUAUGAGAAUCAUGAACAGCUUAGAGAUGAAGACUCUGAUUUUAUUCUUAAUGACAGUGAUCUGACUUUGACAUAUGGGGACACCACCAUAACUGCUAAUGGAUCCUCUGGCUCGCACACUGCUACUACUAGCCUUGAUGGCAGGAAGACAAAAAGUAGCUCAGAGGAGGCUUUGGAACGUGAUUUGGGAACAGAAGCACCUGAGGUGAUGAGCAGAGGAACUCGGCUAGUGUUUCCAUUGGAUGCGUGAUGAUCUGCUUAGUCAAGACAGCAGUAUGCCCAAGGAUCCAAGAUGGCUGUCGGUCCCAAUGUCAGUGGAGGUGCUUAGCAAGUUCAAUUAAUAUCUCUUGUACAAGUGGUUUAUCGAGAUCUGAAG